CAAGAUGGUGUGGAAUCGUAUCAAGUUCCCCAACAUGGCGGUGACCUUCAUGGGUAAGAACGCGCGCACACGGCUUCGUGACAACCAGUACGUCUUCCGCGUGGAGCCGCACUACACCAAGCACGAGAUCAAGGAGUAUUUGACCAAAGUUUACGACCUGCCCGUGGCCAAGGUCAACACCAUGAACUACGAAGGCAAGUUUAAGCGCGCAUUCCGUGGUCGCUACGUGUACAAGGAGAAGGACUGGAAGAAGGCCAUCGUGACCCUCAAGCAGUAACUUAGGCGCUUAGUUAAAGGCGGCGACGAUAGCAACAGGUUCUGCACUGCGACGAUCACGGUGCAAGGAUCACAAAAGAGUCGAUAACAGUCGCAACUGCAGAAUGGAGCUAAAGUUCGCCAUA